AGACAAGAGCUGCACAACGAGCACUGCGGGUUCUUGUUGGACUAUCGCCCUUUGCGGGUCACACGCAUCCUGAAGGGGGUGGGAAGACGCUCUAUCUCUCUGCUCUAUCAUGCUUUGUCUCCGAGAGGAAGGGAAUUGUGGAAAGCGGCGGGAUCCGCUGCAGAGCAAAUGCCCCUUUUGAUGCUGAAUGGAGCAUUUCCUGGGUGGGUGGAGCUAGUGUCCAUCGUGACGUGAGGCAGCAAAGCGACUUCACUUCCCUGCUUUUAGCCGGAGGCGCUCCUGGAAGCGUCUUUCACCCCGAAGUCAGAAGGAGCUGCAGCGUCCACGCCUCUCCCUUUGGGGGAAGGUGACCCUGGUCUUCUCCCGCGGCGGGAGGGGGGGCGGAAUCUGAUCCCGCUCGCCAACUGUUGCUUAGGUCAGUGUUGUCUGCACUGACCGGCAGCAGCUCUCCAGGUUUGUCCCCCCUCGCCUGCACACCCUCCUUUGGCCCGGCCGAUGCCAGGGAAUAAACGUGGGGUUCUUGCGUGCAGAAAGCUCCUGAAAGGGAGGAAUAAAGGAGAAUGGAAUUUGGGUGUCACAGACCUCCGUCCCUUGGAAGGUACCGUUUGGAGGCUGCUUUGGAGCAGAUUAAAAAUGGAAAAGGGAGACUCGGCUGGCCAUGAAGCAGGAAAAGGCCCUGAAACCAACCUGGCUGGGAGCACUGGGGAAUUCUGGGAAAGGACAGAGAAGAAGAUCCAGGAAGAGGACACCAGCAGCUCAGAUGCACAGUGCCAGCGCUUCAGGCAGUUGUGCUACCAGGAGACCAAGGGGCCUCGAGAGGUUUGCAGCCAGCUUCACCAGCUUUGUCGACAGUGGUUGAAGCCAGAGAGAUGCACAAAAGCUCAGAUGCUGGACCUGGUGAUCCUGGAGCUGUUCCUGACCGUCCUGCCCCCGGAGAUGGAGAGAUGGGUGAGAGAAUGCGGAGCGGAGACCAGUUCCCAGGCGGUGUCCCUGGCAGAAGGUUUCCUCUUGAGCCAGGCAGAGGAGAAGCAGCAGGAAGAUCAGCAGACGCAAGGACUGUUGACAGAAGCGGUCCCUGAUUUCCAUGAGGCAGAGACGGACCCAUCGGACACUAGGCAUAUGCCCUUGUCCAGGGAGACCUUGCAUGAGGAGGGCAGUGGUGCCUCCUUGCUGGGGGCUGGCAUGACUCUGCCUCUGCAUUCUCAGCCAUCUCUUCCUUCGGGUGGAGUGGGAGGCGCUUCAGGACGACCAGAUCAGGGCCAGGUGACCUUUGAGGACGUGGCCGUGCAUUUCACAGAGGAGGAGUGGGCUCUGCUGGAUUCUGGCCAAAAGACUCUGCACAGGGAAGUCAUGGAAGAGAAUGGUUGGAUUGUGGCCUCUCUGGCAGGUGACAGUCGGAGGAGGAAGGAGGAGGCAAAUCCUUUUGGAGGAUAUUUGGGAAGUGUAAGAUGGAAGAAGAAGGAAAAACAGAAAAAGAAAACGGAAACAAAAUGGAAGAAGAGGAUUGGACCAUUUGCUACUCAGCCUGGUGAUGUCCAUGAAAAUGGAAUGCAAAAAACAAUGCAGAAAGAAAGAGAAAGAAGGCUGCAGAAUCUGAGAAGGAAAAGCUUCAGUUCAAGCUUUAAACUUCAGUGGAAAAUGCCCAGAGAUGAGAAAUCAUAUACAUGCUUGGAGUGCGGAAGGAGUUUCAGACGGAAGGGAAAUCUUACUAGGCAUCAAAGAACCCAUACUGGAGAGAAACCAUAUAAAUGCUUGGAGUGUGGAAGAAGCUUCAGCACUAAUGCCCACCUUACUGUGCAUCAAAGAACACACACAGGAGAGAAACCAUAUAAAUGUCUGGUGUGUGGAAAGAGCUUCAGUGAAAGUGGAACACUUACUGUGCAUCAAAGAACACACACAGGAGAGAAACCAUAUAAAUGUCUGGUGUGUGGAAAGAGCUUCAGUGAAAGUGGAACACUUACUGUGCAUCAACGAACCCACACAGGAGAGAAACCAUAUAAAUGCUUGGAGUGUGGAAAGAACUUUAAUGAGAAUGGAAAGCUUACUGUGCAUCAACGAACUCACACAGGAAUGAAACCAUAUAAAUGCUUGGAGUGUGGCAAGAGUUUCAUCCAUAAGGUAGCUCUUACUUUACAUUGUAGAAUCCAUACUGGGGAAAAACCAUAUAAAUGUUUGGAGUGUGGAAAGAGCUUCAGUGAAAGUGGAAAGCUUACUGUGCAUCAACGAACCCACACAGGAGAGAAACCAUAUAUAUGCUUGGAGUGUGGAAGGAGCUUCAGGGAGAAUGGAAAGCUUACUAGGCAUCAAAGAAUCCAUACAGGAGAGAAACUAUAUAAAUGUAUGGAGUGUGGAAAAAGCUUCAGUCAAAAUGGAACACUUACUAUGCAUCAAAGAACCCACACAGGGGAGAAACCAUAUAAAUGUCUGGUGUGUGGAAAGAGCUUCAGUGUGAAUGGAACACUUGCUAUACAUAAAAGAACCCACACAGGAGAGAAACCGUAUAAAUGCUUGGAGUGUGCAAAGAGCUACAGCAGCAAUGCAUGCCUUACUGUGCAUCAAAGAACCCACACAGAGAAACCAUAUAAAUGCUUGGAGUGUGGAAAGAGCUUCAGCGUGAAUGGGAAGCUUACUGUACAUCAAAGAACACACACUGGAGAGAAACCAUACAAAUGUCUGGUGUGUGGAAAGAGCUUCAGUGAAAGUGGAAAUCUUACUAGGCAUCAAAGAAUCCACACUGGUGUGAAACCAUAUAAAUGUUUGGAGUGUUGAAAAAGCUUCAGCGGCGAUACAUGCCUUACUGUGCAUCUAAGAACCCACACAGGAGAGAAACCACACCAUGCAUAAUUGUGUAGACCUCUAUCAUGCCUCCCCUCAGUCGUCAUUUUUCUAAACGAAAAAGCCUCAGGUGGUGCAGCCUUGCCUCUAGGUGCUCUAGGCCCCUGAUCAUCUUGAUUGCCUUCUUCUGCAAGUUUUCCAGUUCUACAAUGUCCUUCUUAAGAUCUGGUGACCGGAAAUGAACACAGUACUCCAAAUGUGGCUGUACCAUAGUUUUGUAUAAGGGCCUCAUAAUAUUAGCAGUUUUAUUUUCAAUCCCCUUUCUGAUAAUUCCAAGCAUGGAAUUUGCCUUUUUCACAGCUGCUGCACAUUGAACCAAGACUUUCAAUGAGCUGUCCACCACAACCCCAAGAUCCCUCUCCUGACAGCCUGAUCUCAUAAGAGUAUAUGUGAAGUUGGGUUUUUUUGCCCCAGUGUGCACCAUUUUACACUUUAUUUUAUUCAUUCUUUAAUUCAUUCAUUCAUUCAUUCAUUCAAUUUUUAUACCACCCUUCCAAAAAGGCUCAGGGCACUUGCUAACAUUGAACCGCAUUUGCCAUUUUGUUGCCCACUCCCCCAGUGUGGAGAGCUCCUUUUCACAAUAACUCUUUGCAAUCUCUUUUGGUAUUCACUACCUUAAUUAGUUGGGUGUCAUCUGCAAAUUUGGCCACCUCAUUGCUUACCCCAACUUCUGAACCAUUUAUCAAUAAAUUAAGAAGCACUGCUCCCAGUACAGAUCCCUGGGGAACCCCACCUCCUACCUAUCUCCAUUUAGAGAACUUUCCCUUUAUAAUCUCUGCUCUGCUUCCUGUCCUGCAAUCAGUUACCAAUCCACACAUGAAACUGUCCCCUUAUCCCAUGACUGCUAAGUUUUCUCAAAGAGUCUAUGAUGAGGAACUUUGUUGAAAGCUUUUUGAAAGUCCAGGUAUACUGUGUCCACUGGAUAGCCUUUAUCCACACACCUGUUGACACUCUCAAAGAACUCCAAAAGGUUGGCGAGGCAAGACGUACCACUGCAGAAGCCCAAUUGGCUGAUGGAAGAGGAAUCUGUCACAUAGUACUCCUAUGUUAUCAUUAUGCUCCUCUUCAUAAUGAAGGGGAAAGAAGAACCAAGGAAGUGCUGGAAAGAUUUAAAAUCAUGAUGCAACUUCAGGUUGAGCUCCUCCAAAAGCUGUUGUGAUCCAAACGUUUCCUGCAAAUGUUUUUAGUUUCUCUUUCAGUAUUUUCUGCUUAGUUAAAAUAGGAGAAAAUGUGAGGCCAGAGUCCUCAUAAUAAAUGAAUACAUCAACUUCUUUCCCUAAAACAGAGGAAUGAAAGAUGGAUGACAAAGAGUCCUUGUUAUAGAUAAUGUUACGAGCACAUGUGCCAUAACCUUAGGCUUUAAGGUAGCAACUCAGAAGCAUGUGGAAUUCAGGCCUGUGUCUGAUUUCAUUUUCUAUUAAGAAAUGAAUUAAGGCCUGGACUGAAGGUGAACUGACACCCAGGUCAACUGCUCUGUGAAGGAGGAGGCAAUCCAGCAUUGGUUUUUGUUUUUGUUUUUUUGCAAAUUCAAUUUUUAUUGAUUUUAACAAUAGCAAUAUUAUCAUUGACAGCAUUGUAUUGUGAAAUGGGUACUCAAGGCCAGGCCUGAGCUAAUCAAUAUGCUAAAAUGUGACUCACUACCAGAUAAUGUCUGAGGAAGAGGCCAGAGGCUGAUCUCCCCUCUCCUGUUGCAAGAAAUCUAUGUUAAUCUUUGUCAGUGAUGGCUCUGCUAUGCCCAAAGGGGAUUACUCUGUUGCUGUCUAUAGAAAUUCCACCCUAGGAGAACACCUGUAGAUUUAGUCCUUCUACUAACACUUUAACACCUUUUGGGGUCAGACUGGCAAAUCGGGGAAGAUGCAAUUUGUAGCUCUGAGAUGCAGAUGUGCUUUGGGCAAUGUUCCCCCUCCCUUCUAAGCACACAGUUUACAGAAGAUGAGAUUCAGAUCUCUCUGGCCUGGCCAAUAUCCUGAAUAAUUAAAAGACAUUGUCCAGAAGGUAACAGCGUUGUCACCCCUUUUUGGGGACCCAGGAAAAGAGGAGAUUUGAAUAGAUUCUAUGAGAGAUCAAAGGAAAAUACACUAUAGAGAAUGAGGCUACUGGACAGAGAGUUAGCAGUCUUUUGCCUAUGGGCAUCUUGUGUCUACAUUCAAGAUCUGCUCACAAGCGAUCCCAGAGUUUGCUGCUAAGCCGCGGGGCAACAAGCAGGAACUCUGUCCAUGGACAGGAGCUGUCUGUGACUUCUACUGCGCAGUGAGAAGUCAAGACUUCCCCAGCCAUGGUGCUCUGACUCUCAGCCGUGAUCUGAGCAACUGCAACAACUCCUGUCUCCAGCCAGAGGCCUCGCUCCUUCAGCUGAAAGAUCCUGCGUUCUCAAGUCUCUCUGAUCCUGGUAAUAUGCCUCUACAAGCCUUGGGGUCUUUCUAUCUUCCCCCCUCCUUCUCCUUCCCGCCCUUUUUUCCUCUACUAACUCCUGAUCCACCCCCAAACCAUGCCAGCCCUCAGCCUUCCUCCCCGCCCUUUUCCGUCUGUAUCUGAAUUAUAUUAGGCUCUAGGAAGAUUUAAUACACACACAUAUGGUAGUUAGGAACACUGGUUGAAUAUUGGUGCUGGCUAGGAUGUUCUGUUUUAAAUGCUGUAAGUAAUAUAUUGAUAGAGUGUUCUGCUUUCUGCUCAGCUUGAUUGCUGCUGUUAUUCUUUUAUACUCAAUAAUGCCCAUUGAAUCCUUUUA